AUGUAUUCGUAUAUUUUAUACUGUAUCUUUUUUCUAAUCACCGCGGCUGAUGAUAAUUUAAAAGUUGUUAAAUAUGAGAACUCUGUAGACACAAUCGUCAAGGACCUAAUCGGCAGCUGGCAGUCGCCAAUAGUUUACCUGAAGAGUCGCGGAUACCUGCCGAAGGACAUGCAAGACGCCCCUGAGAUGGAUUUCGAACAACUGCAGGGUAAUUUAGACCUGGAUAUGCAAAUUAAGGAACCAAAUAAAGACUACAUGGAGUUUAAGCGUCAGGCAGCUGGGAGUGUUCAAACAAAGGGCCCAGAAAUACAAGCCGAAAUUCCGGAAUCAAAGAAUCAAGAAGUGGCUCCAAAAACUGCUGCUGUUAAGGAGGAGAAAUUAUUGGGUUUCGACAGUCAACGUCCAGCGAGGUCCUUCGAAAAUAUGGAAGAUAUUGAACUAAAACAAAUGUUCCAUAACUUGUUCUCAACAAACGAUGAAAACGUGUCCAAUGAAAUCAAAUCCAAGCUGGACGUGACCUGGGACAUGGAUUCCCUAAAGCAUUCCGCUCGCCAGGGCGCAAAGAAAUAUCUGGACAAGUUCAACAGCAAGAGGGCUCAGGAGGGAUCCUUGCUCUACAGCGAUCCUGUAGACAUCUCAGUUUCGAAGGAAGUAUCCCAGAACUAUCCCUCGUUGGUGCCGAGUAAACUGACCCGAAAGAGUAACUUUAAUAUGCCCAACUACUUCAAAGGCGUGGCCAAGAUCAUGGGCAGCGCUGAGCUAAGGAGCAAGGAGAAGGUCGUCAAGGAGGCUGCCCAUCGAAAGCCCAAAUAUUGAAUUGUAUUAAUUAAAGUUAAAGUUUGUUGUGAAA